CCAGACUCUUCCUUUUCCUCUUCCUCUCUCGGACAUUCAGUUCCGGGUUGCGGCCAAACCGCCGAAUCCGGGACACAGAGAGAGAGAGAGUUCGCGACCGGGGCCUAAAGCAGCAACAGCCCGGCUCCCGGGGACAGACAACCGGCCAGAGUGAAGCAUGGCACGGCAGAGGGUAAAAAAGGAGAGACUGAUUGAUUCCAAAGUGGAUGGAAAAAAUGGGAAGAAUACCGGACAUCAUAAGAAACCUCCGACUAAGGAAAAGAAGAAAAAGUCCAAUUUGGGAAAUAUCUGCAUCAAUAUAGCAAUUGUACUGUGCAUUGUGAGCAGUGGCUGGUUUUGCUAUGCUAUUUACAUGAGAUCCUUGCUUGCUAACAGAAUCAUAACACCUCACCCCUCAUUGCGGAUACUGAACAGCAACAGUACGAGCCCUGCUUUGUCGCCAGCGAAAUACUGGGGAUCCUAUCGACCUCAGGUAUACUUUGGAAUGAAAACAAGGAGUCAAAAAUCAAUUGUAACAGGCUUGAUGUGGCUACAGCAGUUCAAAGCAGAGGUGAAUCUGCGACAUACAUGUGAGCAAGGUGAUCGACUGCCCAGCUAUGGCUGGCUAAUGCACGAUGGAAUAAACUUUGGAGUGCAGGAAAUAAAAGACAAUGAUUUCAUAUUAACAACUGAGUUUGUGAAACGUGUUGGAGGACAGCAUGGUGGAGAUUGGACGUGGAGAAUUACUGCCAAACCACAGAGUUCCGCCCCGGAGAACCCAGUGAUAUCGCUGUUAUUUUAUGUCGCCAGUGAUGGACAAGGAAUACUGCAGCCACAUGUUGAGGAGAAAAGCAAGCUAAUGGCAGUAUCAGGUUCAUCAGAGGAGCUGGGAAAAUUCAAAAUCACCUUCCUGGCACCAACUGCACUAAAAUCCAGGAACUAUAAAUAUGCCAGCUACAACUAUCUGCAGGCACAUUGUCCAAGUUUGGAGAUGAUGACAGACAUUGUGAAAAAUAGCUUGAAUGGCCGUUUUGUGUACAACACGGCAUCUGCUCCCAGGCGAUACUACAUUGGUGUGGACAGCUACAGGCCGCCCCCAAAGCAAGGUGGGGACAGCACACAAGACAACUUCUUGGUUCAUCAGGUGACUGUGCAAGUUCCCUUUGAGGUUGAAGUCCUGCUUGAGUCUGAAAGUUUCACAGAUCGAUCCGAUCAUCUCUCUGGGGAGGUCUUCGCAAGUGAGCUGGAGAGGUGGAAACAAGCAUUUGAUGAAAAGUUUAAUGCCAUUUUCAAAUUGCCAGAUAAGGGUUUUCCCCCUCAACAAAUUAAAUUUGCCAAAGCUGUUUUCAGUAAUACAAUUGGUGGGAUGGGAUAUUUCUAUGGUCAGUCAUAUGUUCAGUCUAUAUAUAAUGAGUAUCCAUUGCCUUACCUGGAGGGCCCGCUGUACACUGCAGUUCCAUCCCGUUCAUUCUUUCCCCGAGGAUUCCUCUGGGACGAAGGAUUCCAUCAACUUCUGAUUAGUAAAUGGAAUCCAUCUAUUAGUAAAGAGGUGAUUGGACACUGGUUAGAUAUGAUGAAUGUUGAAGGUUGGAUACCGAGAGAGCAGAUUUUGGACAAUGAGGCACGUAGUAAAGUGCCGUCAGAGUUUAUCGUGCAGAGAAAUGAAAAUGCCAAUCCUCCUACACUCUUCCUUACACUACAAAAACUGAUUGAAGAUCUAAAUGGAAGUUUGACUGAAGAGGACAAGUCUUACCUGAAGAGACUCUUCCCACGUUUGAAGACUUGGUACGAUUGGUAUAAUUCAACCCAAGUUGGAUCCCUACCAUCAACCUAUCGUUGGAGGGGUCGUGACACUGACACAAAUCUGUUCCUCAAUCCAAAAACUCUGACCUCUGGGCUUGACGAUUACCCACGGGCAUCACACCCUUCUGAGGAUGAACGUCAUGUGGAUCUUCGUUGCUGGAUGACAUUGGCAUCGAAGAUCAUGACAGAUAUUGCAAAAAUCCUUGGAGUAGCACAUCAGGACUAUCAGGACAUGUACGAAAAGCUGAGUGACAAUUCUUUGCUUCAGGAACUGCACUGGUCUGAGGAUCUGAAGGCAUUCAGUGAUUAUGGGAAUCAUACUCAGUCAAUUAUUCUAGAGCGAGAGAAAAUCUAUGUACCACCUGGUCAGCCACGACAGCAUGUCCAGCCUGCCAGGCUGAUCCGCUCUGUUCGGAAACAACCAAAGCUUCAGUAUGUGAAUGCUUUUGGCUAUGUUAGCCUGUUCCCAUUCCUACUUCAAAUCCUGCAGCCAGAUUCUCCAAAGCUUCAACAUAUCUUAAAGGAUAUUAGGGACGAUGAGAAACUCUGGACCCCUUAUGGCCUGCGCUCACUUUCAAAAUCCAGCCCUCUCUAUUUGAAACGCAACACUGAAUAUGACCCACCUUACUGGCGUGGACCCAUUUGGAUUAACAUGAACUACCUUGUGGUUAAGGCACUGCAUUACUAUUCCACUCAAAGCGGACCAUAUCAAGAAAUGGCAGCAAAAUUAUACCAGGAGCUGAGGACUAACCUCAUAUCAAAUAUGUAUAAGCAGUUUGUACAAACUGGUUACUUGUGGGAACAAUAUAAUGAUAGUACUGGCAGAGGGCAGGGUAGUCACCCCUUUACUGGCUGGUCUUCCCUCAUAGUUUUAAUAAUGGCAGAGCAAUAUUAAUGCUCUCACUGGUAUCAUCCUACAUAAUGGUUUAGGGCUGAGCCUAGGGGAUUAUUUCGUGAGUGAAUCUUUCAAUACAUGAAAUAAUACAGGUUAAACCUGUCUGCAUAUUAAUUGGAGAAUAAAAAUCAACAUUGUUGUAUAUGUUUUAUGAGUGCAAAACAGGCACAACAAUGACAUUUAGCAGUGUAACAGCUCAUGCUGUUCUGCACGUGUUCAUGUGACUGCUACAUUUUCAAGGCCAAUGUGGGUGGCCCUGGAGGCUGCCUAAAAGAGGCAUUAGGCCUCUUGAAUAUGUUACUGAGAGGCCAAAUGCCUCCUUUAAGACUCUGUUGCAAGCAGACGGCAGGUAUGAUCCAUGGAGAUUUCAGUGGCUGCUGAGAAACGGGUACACUUAAAAACUUUUACUUGAAUGUUCCACCCAGCUCACCGACUAUUGAAGAAUUACUGUUGGCCCACAAUCACCUCUCCCUGUCUCCCCACAGAACUGACUGAGAUCCUCACUCCGUCUUUUAAAAGUAAAUCACAUCUUGAAUUGCUAAAGGCAAACUUAUAAUGAAUGGAUUUCUUAUUAAAGUUAUAUUUAAAAGA